AUGAUCAAGCAAUGCACAUCGGUAAUCAAAGAUUAUUUGAACCCGUACCACCUGGAGAGAUUCCAUUCAUUAUUAAAAGGCAGAGUUUGUGUGCCUCAAAGUUCUCAAGGUUUGCGCCUCGGUGAUCAUCUGUUGUAUUUCAACCCCAUCAAGAAUGAACUGGAUCGGGAUGGUUAUUUUUCGUAUCAGACUCCAUCUGUACUACUCGAUAACCCUCUUUUGACUUAUCGAAGACGACUAUGGGCACAAGGUGAAAUAACUAUGUAUUGCGCGAUGAACUUCAAUAAAAUCUACAUCUGUAAAGAGAAGAUAAAGUUUGUUAAAAGAAUCCAAAAUGAUUACUACGUCUGCAUACAUAGAUCCAUGUCUGAUGGGUUUGAUACCCCUGUUGCAAAGGAGCUGAGAACCCUUGUAUACACCAAUGACAUGGCAAAUGACAGUCGCACUAACUCAAGCAAUAAUAUGAUCCAUAUGAAAGGCACCCUUAUGGGAACGUUCAAAUUUGAAGAAAUGGACAUUAUCAAUUAUGGUAAUUUGUCGCUGAAUUCACAUAGGAUCCACUGGGAUAAAAGCUACUGCGAGACAAAAGAGGGCUAUAAAAAUAUUAUUGUUCAAGGACCUCUAGCAGUGCAAGUGUUGAUGAAAUUCGCUCACCGUUAUUUUGACAAACCCUUCUCAAGAGUUAAGUAUAAGAAUACCAAUCACAUAUAUUCAAAUACGGAGGUUGAAAUAUGGCAUGAGCACCCGUUGGCCAGUAACGCAAGGUCGCUUAGAAUGUGGAUGAAAGCUACUGAUAGCGAAAAGGUUUUUUUGAAAGCAGAAUUAAAAUACUAA